AUGAGCAAGCCGCCGCCGUGCGGUAUCCAACAAGAAGCACCGCAGCCGCAGUUGCAGGCCAUGUUGCAAGCCGCCGUCCAGUCGGUGCAAUGGACUUACUGCAUCUUCUGGCAAUUCUGCCCCCACCAACGGAUAUUGGUGUGGUGCGACGGGUACUACAACGGCGCGAUAAAGACUCGGAAGACGGUGCAGCCGGUGGAAGUGACGGCGGAGGAAGCUUCUCUGCAACGGAGCCAGCAGCUCAAGGAGCUGUACGAGUCUCUGCUGUCGACGGGGGAGCAGGCAGCGGCGAAGAGGCCAUGCGCGGCGUUGUCCCCUGAGGAUUUGACGGAGACGGAGUGGUUCUAUCUCAUGUGCGUCUCCUUCUCCUUCCCUCCCGGCUACGGGUUACCAGGAAAGGCAUAUGCAAAGCGGCAGCACGUAUGGCUGAGUGGCGCAAAUGAGGUCGACAGCAAAAUUUAUUCCAGAGCCAUCCUUGCUAAGACAGUUGUUUGCAUUCCUCUCCUUGAUGGUGUCCUAGAACUCGGCACUACUGUUAAGUUACAGGAGGAUGCUGGAUUAAUCGAGCACGUGAAAGGCUUCUUCACGGACCAAAAUUACCAGCAUAACCCUGCCCCAAAGCCAGCCCUCUCCGGCCACUCAACUUCCGAUCCCGUGCCUUCUUCCGACCAUCCCUCCUCCGCCUUCCGCUCCCCUCUCUUCCCAUCCACCGUCUUCUCCCCCGCCGAUGACCACACUCCUGCCCAUGACGACGAUGAAGAGGCUGACGACCUCGAAAUCGACGAUGACGACCACGACGAGGACGACGAAGAGCAACUAGAAGAUGAUCGUGACAACUCGGACGCAGAAGCAGAGGCAGAGCCUCCGGCAGCUGGCUCCCAGCCGAUCGAGCUGAUGCAGCUGGACAUGUCGGAGGAUAUCCGGCUCGGCUCACCCGACGACGGCGGCUCCAACCAGCUCGACUCCAACUUCAACUUGAUCGGCUCCCAGCGGUGGAGAACCCUAAUGAUGGAAGCCGACUGUUGCGGCGGCGUCAACUUCCAGCCGCCGCAGCCGAUGGAUCAAGAGCUCUCCCAGGAGGACACGCAUUACUCCCAGACCGUAUCCGCCGUCCUCCAGAACCACCACCGGCUCGAUCGGUCCGGAGGAUGGCCCACCACCACCACAUCCUCCACCACCGCUUGCUCCCCGCCCCAGUCCGCUUUCGCCACGUGGACGAACUACGUGGCAGUAGCUGACCAUCCAGAAUUGGGAACGACGACGACGUCGCAGUGGGCCCUCAAGUACAUGCUGUUCAACGUGCCUUACCUCCACGCCAAGCACCACCGCGAGGAAGAGAAGGACUCCCCGAAAUCCGGCGCGGGCCGGGUGAGGGACGAGCUGAGCGCGAACCACGUGAUGGCGGAGCGGCGGCGGCGGGAGAAGCUCAACGAGAGGUUCAUCGUCCUCCGGUCGCUCGUCCCCUUCGUCACCAAGAUGGACAAGGCGUCUAUCUUGGGGGACACGAUUGAGUACCUGAAGCAGCUAAGGAGCAAGAUUCAGGAACUCGAGGCAAGGAACCGCCAGCUGGCAGAGCCACAGCGAAUUACAAGAUCGGAGAUGAAGAAGAAGGGUAGGGGGGCGGCGGCAGCGGCGGCGGCGAGCGUGGAGGUGUCGAUCAUAGAGAGGGACGCUCUGUUGGAGCUGCAGUGCGAGCACAGGGAAGGGCUGCUGCUCGACAUGAUGCAGAAGCUGAGGGAGAUGAGGAUCGAGGUCACGGCGGUUCAGUCUUCUCUCAGCAGCAAUGGUGUUUUCGUUGCGGAGCUGAGAGCCAAGGUGAAGGACAAUGCCGUGAGGAAGAAGGUAAGCAUUGUGGAGGUGAAGAGAGCCAUUCAUGAAAUAAUACCCUAG